AUGAACGAAGACAACAUCACCAUCUUCGAACGCAACGAAAGUGAUACCCAUCGCGAUCAUCAAACCUUCAUUGUUAACGUAUUUGGCAUCAGGGUCUUCACAACCGUCACUCGCAAUGGCUGGGUUGUGAGGAAAUGGAUCUACAAAAUCCGUUACUAUCAUCGUUUCAGAAGGGAUCGGCUUGUGGUAGGUCUCGGUGUUCAAUGGCGUCCACCAAUGUCUAAUCAAGUUGCAACUCUGCAGUUAUGCGUUGGUCGCCAGUGUCUUAUCUUCCAAAUCUAUCACGCAAAAUCCAUCCCUCGAAUACUGAAGAGGUUCCUCUCCGAUGAUUCUACCACUUUUGUUGGGGUCAGGAAUUAUGAUGAUUCUGAUCUGCUGGAAAGGGAUCACAAACUGUCUGUGGAUCGUAUCUUGGAACUUGGGUCGGUUACAGACGACCUCAGCGGUGCUUCCAUGGAGAAGAUGGCGAGCAAAAACCUUGGUUUUCACGGAAUCAAGAAGCCUAGGUGA